GAGUCCACUGCUUCAAUAAGUGCCAAAGCCCAACUCAUAUUAUAGUGACAGAGAGGCACACACACAUUCUCACUCACACACACGACACGACACGACGCAGUUCCUCCGUGACGGCGACGGAGGCUGCAAAGUGCUUACCGGAACAACCUUUCACAAAUCUCAAAUAACACUCACACUUCACUUUCAAAUCUCCAAAACGACAACGUAUAUAGUGGGAUUAUCAUGGAGACGCAACCGCAGGAUAAUUUGCAGCACGCACCGGUGGUUUCUUCCAGCGACGGCGCUGACAAUCUACAAAACGAUGUGGCGGUGGCUGAAGUUUCAAAUCACAGAGAUACCGAAGAAGUAAAAAGCGAUGUUUCAAAGGAUGAAGUUAUUCGGAUUAUACAAGAUAUUGCUUCCACCGGGAGGUUCCGGCAUGACUGGGAUAAUCUGAAGAGUAUGUUAUCGUUUCAGCUGAAGCAGGUAUUGUCCGAGUACCCCGAGGCAAAAGCAACAGAUGAGCAGCAACGUGCUUCAUCAGGAGAAUCCUACUCUGAUUUGGUGAACAAAUUGGAUGAAGCGCUUACAUGUUUUAUUGAUGGCCCACCAUUUACAUUGCAAAGGGUUUGUGAGAUUCUAUUAGACGCAAAAAACAUUUAUCCAAAUCUUUCCAAGCUUGCUUUAGCUCUUGAAAAGAAUUUGUUAGUUACAUCUACAUUGACAAUCUGCGCUGAUCCAUAUCCACAAGAUCCAGUACAAGAGCCAGAUGACCAAGAGAAGGCAAGUGAAAAGCAGCAGCAGAAAUCUGAUGGUGCACAAAAUGGUGCUGAGCCUGAGCCUCCUGUAGCUGACAAUGAUGAAGUAAUGGUUGAGGCUGAUACGAGUGAUGAUGUGGCUGAUACGAGUGAUGACGUGGCUGUUGAAAUGGAAACAUUUGAAGAUGCUAAAUCAUCAGAAAUAGAUUCUGAGCCAAAUGCUAAUAAUGCACAAGCUUCUUGAUUACUAUUGAUAUUUAAAGCCAUAAACUGAUGAGUAUAGACUCGGAUGUUUUCUCACAGCGAGCUCCAAAUGCUGAGGACAGUGUGUAUCCGGAUCAUUUCAUAGUGCUUUAAGCUCUAGUCUGGUAAUUGUUAGAGUGAAGAGUUUCAUAGCAAUUAAAAUCAGAACAACGUUUCUGUUUGUUCUUGUUCUGUAUCUCUUGGAUGCCAUGCUUGUAUUAGUGGCAUGAGCUUGAAUAACUCAAUGUAAUCAAUUAAUUUGUGCUCUAGAGUUAAAUUUAUAAACUAGUUGAAUUUUGCAAUCCUUAA